UCAGCCCCUUUUGAGCUAUUGGCUGUCAGUGGAGGAGCAUGGUUCCCCAGAAGGAAAUCAAGAUGGCUGCUCCGGGAGAGAGAGGGAUACCAGGCCAGCAAUGCCAAUGUUUACGUAGGUAUCACACAGAAAACAAGACUGAGGAGGCCCCUGCCCUCUUGGAGCUGCCAUUCUGCCGCGCUAUCAAGACUAAUCAGGACCUCCUCCCAGAAACUCCAUGGACCCACAUUUUCUACAAUGAUUUUUGGGGGACUCUCCUAACCCACAGCGGCAGCCACAAGUCCUACCGGCCCCUCUGUACUCUCUCUUUUCGCCUGAACCAUGCCAUCGGAGGGCUGAAUCCCUGGAGCUACCAUCUGGUCAACGUCCUACUGCACGCGGCGGUCACUGGUCUCUUCACCAGCUUCUCCAAGAUACUCCUGGGGGACGGAUACUGGACUGUCCUGGCUGGCGUGAUGUUCGCCUCUCAUCCCAUUCACACGGAGGCCGUGGCCGGUAUCGUCGGACGGGCUGACGUUGGGGCCAGUCUCUUCUUCCUCCUCUCCUUGCUCUGCUACGUGAAACACUGUUCAACAAGAGGCUACUCAGCCAGGACCUGGGGCUGGUUCCUGGGGACAGGACUGUGCGCCGGAUGCAGCAUGUUGUGGAAGGAACAGGGAGUGACUGUCCUUGCCGUCUCAGCGGUUUAUGAUGUCUUUGUCUUCCACCGGCUGAAAAUGAACCAGAUCCUACCCACCAUUUACAAAAGGAAGAACUUGUCUCUUUUUCUCAGCAUUAGUUUGUUAACUUUCUGGGGGACUUUCCUUUUGGGUGCCCGUUUAUACUGGAUGGGAAACAAACCACCAAGCUUUUCCAACUCUGACAACCCAGCCGCUGAUUCGGACAGCCUCCUGGCUCGCACGCUCACCUUCUUCUACUUGCCAACCAAGAACCUCUGGCUGUUGCUAUGCCCAGACACCCUCAGUUUUGAUUGGUCGAUGGAUGCCGUGCCUCUGCUCAAAACAAUUUGUGACUGGAGAAACCUACACACUGUGGCCUUCUAUACUGGACUCCUCCUCCUCGCCUACUACUGUUUGAAGAGCCCAAGCGUAGAAACAGAAUGCAACGGGAAAUUUGUAACAAACGGCAAGCAGAAUGCAAAUGGACAUAGCUGCCAUUCAGACGUGGAGUACCGGAACUCAGAGAUUAAGCCCAGCUUUGCAUCCAAAGUAGAAAAUGGCAUUAAAAAUAAUGCAUCACAGAGAACACAGCUUCCUUCUACGGAGAACAUUGUUGUUCUGUCUUUAUCUUUGUUAGUAAUACCCUUUGUUCCUGCCACGAACCUGUUUUUCUAUGUCGGCUUUGUAAUUGCAGAGCGAGUAUUGUACAUUCCUAGUAUGGGCUUCUGCCUCCUCAUUACUGUGGGUGCCAGAGCCCUUUAUGUCAAAGUCCAAAAGCGGUUUCUCAAGACCUUGAUUUUUUAUGCAACGGCUACAUUAAUUGUUUUCUAUGGACUCAAGACCGCAAUCAGGAAUGGAGACUGGCAGAAUGAGGAAAUGCUCUAUAGGUCAGGGAUAAAAGUAAACCCUGCUAAAGCCUGGGGUAACCUUGGAAAUGUUCUGAAGAGUCAGAGCAAAAUUUCUGAAGCUGAAAGCGCCUAUAGAAAUGCUUUGUACUACCGAAGCAACAUGGCCGACAUGCUUUAUAAUUUAGGGUUACUCCUGCAGGAGAACAGCAGGUUUGCAGAAGCACUGCAUUAUUACAAAUUGGCUAUCGGGAGCAGGCCUACCCUGGCUUCUGCAUAUUUAAACACCGGAAUUAUUCUUAUGAACCAAGGAAAGACAGAAGAAGCCCGACGCACGUUCCUUAAGUGUUCUGAGAUCCCAGACGAAAACCUGAAGGACCCGCAUGCGCAUAAGAGCUCGGUGACCAGCUGUCUGUACAACCUGGGGAAGCUCUACCAUGAGCAGGGACACUAUGAGGAUGCUCUGAGUGUGUACAAGGAAGCAAUUCAGAAAAUGCCAAGGCAGUUUGCCCCCCAAAGCUUGUACAACAUGAUGGGUGAAGCGUACAUGCGAUUAAGCAAACUCCCUGAAGCAGAGCACUGGUAUAUGGAGUCACUGAGAUCUAAGACGGACCACAUCCCAGCUCAUCUCACCUAUGGGAAACUGCUUGCUCUCACCGGUCGUAAGAGUGAGGCUGAAAAGUUCUUCUUGAAGGCUAUUGAGCUGGAUCCCACCAAAGGAAACUGUUACAUGCAUUAUGGUCAGUUUCUUCUGGAAGAAGCUCGCCUCAUAGAAGCAGCCGAGAUGGCAAAAAAAGCAGCUGAACUGGACAGCACAGAGUUUGAUGUGGUCUUCAAUGCUGCCCACAUGCUCAGACAGGCUAGCCUCAACGAAGCAGCUGAGAAGUAUUAUGAUCUGGCGGCCAGGCUGAGGCCUAAUUAUCCGGCCGCUCUGAUGAACCUGGGAGCCAUCCUGCACCUCAAUGGCCGGCUCCAGAAGGCUGAGGCCAACUACCUGCGGGCGCUGCAGCUCAAGCCGGACGACGUCAUCACGCAGUCCAACCUCCGCAAACUCUGGAACAUCAUGGAAAAGCAAGGCUUAAAGACUUCCAAGACCUGACACAGGAGGACGGUACCUCAUCCUCCUCCCUAUUUUAAAACUGGCUUCAAUAACGAACAGAGCCUCCCAGCAGUGCUAUGACAAGAGCUAGUUUGGAUGUCAAGACCCAGGGAGAGGUCACUGAGGUCACUGCCGCCUCUGGGAGCAUCCACUUCGCUGUUGGCACAGCCGUUAACACCAAAAAAGGGGAACGUGGGAAACCUCCUGAAGGAUGCGUCUAUUACCCGUAGAGCUGUGAACCAGAGCACUUAACACAGGAUCUCUUGGCAUUCUUAAAGGGGGGGUGGGGAGGUCGAAGUUUCAAAUUUUGUUCAUCUUUGAAAGCUAAUUGAGAAAUUGUUCCUUAAACACUGUGAGAGGAAGUCAGAGUGUCUGUUCAGCCAUGGUAAACUAUUAAGGUCAAGUGUUCACAGGGCCGUGAUUCAAGUGUAGUGCGUGUGAAUCCUGGUGAGCUGGCUGGUCGUCCUGGCGCUGCUGUCUUCCCUCUUUGGGGCAGCCUGCUUGUCGAUUUCUAAAAUGUAGAAGACUUUUUUUUUUUCCUAAAUACCGUGUUAGGAUCUGUCAGAAUCUAGUUGUUUCCUGACUAGUGCACAUAAUGUUUUAUGAUUUACAUGUCACUGUCAUUUGGGCGUCCUUGGCUUUUCGUGUUCUGAGAAGGAUCCGCAGAAGAAAGCGAACCAUGCUUCUCACUGGUCUUGUGGGAGAGGCUGGGGAGGCUGUAGUCGUGCCCGGCAGGCACUUUACUUUAAUGUCACCAACCCUUCCUGCCCCGCCAUCUGCCCAGAACUGCCUAGAAAAAUUCAUUGUAUUCAUUCUUAGGCUUUUGAUACUGCCUUUUAAAAUGGCUAUUCCUGGUUAAUGCUCACACUUAUAUAAGGAGUAAAUCAAACAGAAGCUUAAAAAGUGUUCCGGUUCCCAUAACUGACGAGCAGCUGUUAGACAAAAGGGAAGAUGCUUUGUGCCUCCCAAGAUGUUGCAGGUUUAAAAAUCAAGUCUGUGCAAAGGAGUGGUUGCCAAUGAUUUUAUAGUUUGAGAAGAGUUGGUAUGAAAUACUAAUCACUUUCUUAAAGGUACCUAAACAGCAGUGCUGAUAAGUUUUUAGGGAAUUAUUUUUACCAUAUUUUGUUCUCCCCAAAAAACAUUUAAAAAAUGACUUUUUUUAAGCUGCAAUAGACUGGAGCAUUAACCCACGUGUUUCUAAGUCUCCUGCCAAGUGCUCUUCACAGUUGAAAACUAUUUUUUCACUAGUAAAUUUGGCAUUUUAUUUCCUUAACUAUCAGUAACCACUUUAAUGAUCAUUUCACAAGUAAACGACUAUAAAUGAAGUAGAGAGAAACAUUUCUUGACUUGCCGUCAAACUUCGCUACUAAAAAUUAACUUUGUAGAAAUAACAGUCUACUCUCAAACUUCUUCCUAGAGAAAGUAGCUAGACAAUACCCUACAUAUUUAUUUAUUUAUUAUUCUUCCAUAGCAAAAUAACAAAACUUGAUUCAUUAAACCAGUUCUUUACAAGUUGAAAUUAGCAUUUUCUCCUGUCCUUUCACACUCCAUGUAUAUAUGGUCAGCACUCCUGUUAAAGGGAAGCUGGACUUGCAAAUACAUCGUGUUAUGUUUUCCUUGUAUUUUAUACGUUUUGCUGCAUAUCUGAUGAAUACAGUGGGAUAAAGAAUUUAAAGUAGUGUUCCUAUGGCAUUGGUGUUUUUAUGAGAAGGGCAGUAUAAUGAGAGAGAUUUGUUGAUGGCAUUAAAAGAAGGCCCUUCUAAUAUGUAUAUUAUUUAGUAAACAUUUAACUGAAGGGCCAAAAGUUAAAUUAUAACUAAAUCACUGUGUUUUCAGAACAAUAUUUAACAUUUAACAACAACAAACCCACGGUCAAACAAAAAGUGUGGGUUGAAAUAUAUCUUUCAUCCUCCAGUGCAUUGGCAGAUUGCAAAAAAAAAGGAAAAAAAAGAAUUUAAUAUAAGGAUAUAGAGAUGAAUUCAGUGUCUAACAUUUUUAUUUAUUUAAAUAGUUAUUGACCUAUGAUGACUUCCUAGUCUUAACAUUUUAUGUCUUUCUGUUGUUACUGUUCUUCCUUUCAAACACUUGGUUCUUAAUAGGUUCGCCAAUUGCACAGUAGAGGCACUUCAUGUUGACCCAGUUCCCAAGUAGCAUUAAUAAUUGGGCCUGUGUCAUAAAAUGCAUGGAUCAUUAAUAACUAAAUGUCCCUGACACCUUUCACUACAGGGCUGGGCUUAGUAACUGACCAACUUGGGGGGAGGGCUGGAGGGUCGAUAGAAAAUGGUCAAAAAAUGUCUCCGCUCAGGGAUUUAUGGUGGAUUAUUGCAGACAGUGCUAAAAAUAUAGAGCACAAGACAAGUUUACUAAAUUAAAAUUUUAUUUUUUAAGAAACUGUUAUUUGUAUAAAUUAUCAAGAUUUGUAGGCUUUCCUUUUGUAGAAAUAAUUGUUUUAUGUGCCAGAGAAUUUCGAUUUUGUUUUCAACAAUAAAGCAUUGAUAACAAAUGCGUUGUAUAAGCCUUUUUAAAAUCCUCGAUAGCAACAACACCUACACUUGGAUUUUAACAGACUUGGGAGAAAGUUUAAAAAGGGUAGAGAUUGUUAGUCAAAUUAGAGAUACACUGUAGCUAAUACAUCAUCAAUAAUCAUCAUUGAUUGUUAAUUUGUAGUAGUUAUGAUAAUAAUAAGGGUUGCUGAUAUCAGAUUUGCCAUGUUCUAAAAAUAUGACAUAGUUCUCGUUCUGUUUUGUUUUAUUGAUGACCUAUAGAAAAGUGUUAGGAAAUAUCCCAAACAGGGCCAAUUCCCCACUUCAUAGGUUGUUUGGUAAAAAUGGCCAUAUUUAGAAGAUGCUGUUCCUCUAGCUCUGGUCCUGGAGGAGAGCACAUCCCUGUUCUGCUGGGAGACACAGGUACAACACGUUCAGGAGUCCGUUAUAAGGAAAUCGCAGGUGGUUGUUGAAUAGAACAUAAGAUACACUAGACAAGGUGAAAACUGGCAGCAUUCAAUAAUCUUGUUAAAAUUGUUGUUACAGAAUAACAUUAUUAUGUAUCACCUAAUUCCUUUAUUACAGGAUAAAAUUUAACUAAAAGCGUUUUGUUUUAUGCUAAACACCCUGUAGAUUUGUGAAGUUAUGUUCCAGUUUUACAGCUAAGGAAACCAGGGCUCAGUGGUAUGAAAUAACCUGCCCACAGCCCAAAGCCAGCCAGCAGGCCUGUUCCCGUGCUGUCCUGAAUGCCCAUGUCCUGUGUCAUGUGAGCACUCAGGCGGUGAACUUGCAUCCAGAGAUGAGGUUUCUCACCCCCUUGGGGGUUUCUCUAGCUGUUCGAUCUUCCAUACAUCAUAUUCUCUACCUCUCUUACUGCAGAUGAUCACGAAGAUGAAAGGAGGUUGCUAUGGUCUGAUUAUUUACAUCCCACCAAAAUUUCUCUGUUGAAAACCUAAUGCCCAAAGGUGAUGGUAUUAGGAGGUGAUUAGGUAAUGGGGACAAAGCCCUCAUGAAUGGGAUUAAUACCCUUACAAAAGGGGCUCUAAUGAACUCUCUCACCACUUCCACCGUGUGAGGGUACAGAAAUCUGCAACCCGGAAGAAGACCCUCACCUGACCACGCCGGCGCCCUAAUGUUAGACUCCCGUCUGGCCUCCAGAGCUGUAAGAAAUAAAUUUCUGUGGUUUAUAAACUA